AUGAUCGAGCCCCCUGGGAUGGAAACUUGCGAGGGCCCGGCAGCCGCUGUGAAGGUGGGUUUGCCCGCCCACAAGCGGGCCUCGUCCAUUGAGGGGCCCGCGGGGUUCUCAUUGCGCAGACUGUCGGUCAGUGGCUGGGACUCGCUAGAGGCGAUAACGGAGGGGACGGGAGGGGGCCCGACUUUCGACGGAAACCAAAUUGCUGCCGGCGUUAAUUCGUUCCUUCAGGACGCGGGCCUGGACGCCCUUCGGCCCUUUGCGGUCGUGGAGGCGGUUGAGAAUGGGCUCGGAAAGAAUUUGACGGACAGCCCUUCGGCGGGAAAUCCUUUCCUCGCGGAUGCGGGACGGGUGCCCGCGCAGUCCGGUGGGGCCAAUCCUUUUGCCGCGGAGGAGCCGAUGCGGGAGGCCCCUCUGCAACACGGCGGAUCCAAUCCGUUUGCGGUCGAAGAGGAGCGCAGGGAGGCUGGGCGUGCUGGGGGGGCUGUCUCUCGGCCGAUGCAAUCCAUGGACACUGUUGGCUCCCGGGUUUGGAGUCCCUUUAUGGCGCCGGAAGUCCAGACCGACGACGCGUCCGGCCCUGGCCCCGUCGCGGCCCUGGGCGGAGGGGAUGGCGACCCCCCUGGGGUUGCCGACGACUGCCGCAUGGGUUCUAAUUUGGACGCUUCCCUUCAGGAGCUUGCGAACGGCGUGGUGCGCCCUGACGGCACCGGCCAAGUGCAGAGCGCGGCAGAGGAGGGUGGAGGCCGCAUGGAAACGCCAGGCACUGAGGAGUUCGGCAGCCUUGGUGGCAUUCCGGGGCACCUUCGGUCGAUCAACACAAAGAGGAGGACCCACUCAGCGGACUCCAACGGGAGGUUUGACUUCGCCGCGUUCGCUGCCGAGCACAUGCUUAACUAUGACGCAAACUACGAGUCAAUGUUCUCCCCCGGAGCAUUGACGAGCGUCGACUCCAUGGACGUUGGAAUGGAGGAGCAGAGGCUGUUCGAGUUGGAGCUCUCGCGGCGGGAAGCCGAAAAUGAGGUAGCCCAGCUCAGACUGCAGCUCAAGUCCAAGACUGGUCAGCUCCAGCAGGUGCAAGAGGUGCUGCUGACCUAUGAAGAAGAAAUCAUGAAGCUCAAACAUGACAUGACAGAGAUAAUGAGCACAAGGUCUGGAACAGAGGCAGGGUCCUGCGACGGGGAGGAUGGGAAGGACCAUUCCAGAACAGCAUCGUCAGUUGCAGAUGGCAUGGUGUCUGUGGACAUUGCUGAGGCGCUGAGCUCCAAAAUUGUGGAGCUGCAGGGGCAGGUUCAGGAUCUGGAGGAGGAGCUCAUAAAAUCCAAGCUUGACAAUGUUGCUUUGAAGGAAUCAAAUGAAUCCAUGAGGGCUGUUGUUAAUAAGGCCAACAAGGGGAGAGGGGUAAAUAUGUUUGCCAGGAUUCGAACGAGUACAUAG